CAUACUUUCCACAAAGUGAAAUUUUUACCCCCAAAAGAUUUGCAAACUACAUUCUGCACCACAAUUUCUGUUAGAUUCGUUUCUCUCCUCGUCUCAUUCUCGCGUUUUAGAGAGAGAGAGAGAGAGAGGGAGAGGGAGAGAGAGAUGGGAUCGCUAUUGGUGUAUGCGAUAGUACUGCUUGCGAUACCUUUGGGCUCAAGAGCAGAACAAUUGAGCUCCAAAGAGUGCGAAAGCUUAGGCUUCACGGGUCUUGCCCUGUGCUCGGAUUGCAACACCUUCGCCGAGUAUGUCAAAAAUCAAGAGUUGGUAUCUGAUUGUUUGAAGUGUUGCUCAGAGGAUUCUGAUGAUUCCAUGAGCAAGAUUACCUAUUCUGGUGCAGUUCUGGAGGUGUGCAUGAGGAAACUAGUAUUCUAUCCAGAAAUUGUUGGUUUCAUUGAAGAAGAGAAGGAAAAGUUCCCUUCUGUAAAAGUUCAAUAUGCGUUCAAUUCUCCUCCAAAGUUGAUCAUGUUAGAUGAUGAUGGGCAACAUAAAGAAACCAUAAGAGUCGACAACUGGAAACGUGAACACAUACUGCAGUUCCUCAGAGAGAAGCUUAAGCCAACUUCAGCAGCAAUCUGACAGAUUGGUUAGGGAUUUCUGGGUUACGGCUGAGCCUGUGUUAGAAUUGUCUUGCUUAACUUGUACCGAACUUCCGAAUUCAAAUCUAUAGAUUACGACAGUACUUGUAAUGGAAAUUGGAAUUUUAGAACUAGGUUCUUGAUUCUGUUACAUCAUUUUAGACCAAUCUGUUUUGAAGGAUGAUUUGUGCUUGUUUCACAGGUAGGAAUGGAAUUAGCAACGAUCCAUUUGGUGUA